GACCGAAUGUGGCGGGCAAACGUUUGAGGCGGGCUCAAUUAAGCGUCGCACACCGUUGUUUUGUUUACGAACCCCGGUGGGGGUUAGCCAGCUCUGUUACCAACAAACUGAGAGUGAUUUAAAGGACUGACGUUUAGUGUUAACAUGAAGCCUGCAGUGGACGAGAUGUUUCCUGAAGGAGCUGGACCAUACGUGGAUCUGGACGAGGCAGGGGGCAGCAGCGGCCUCCUGAUGGACCUAGCAGCCAACGAGAAAGCCGUUCACUCAGAUUUCUUUAAUGACUUUGAGGAUCUGUUCGACGACGAUGACCUGCAGUGAUCACAGCAUCUGAACAUCUUCGGGAUUCUGAAGACAUGUACAUAACAGAAAUGAAGAAAAUCGGCUUUUACUGCCUAUAAUUUCUCUUUUAUUUGUACAGCCUCUCUCAUAUUAGUGAUUCAGUACCAUAUUAAAAUAAAGUCUUUAUGUUUCCACAGAAAA